AUGGAGAAAAGUGAGGAUCGCGUUCUCCCCAAUCCGAAGUCUGUGGCAGAAGUUAUUCAUAGGAGCAAGGACGUGUGGUUUUCCUCCCUUGAGUGCGACCAGUUAACUGUCUUUGGAUAUUCAAGCUGGAAUGUUUCCGGGUCCAAGGAGUGUGGACUGGGUGGAACACGCGUGAAUACCGAGCAAUGUCCUAUUGGGAUUGGAGUUAGAAAGGCUACGUUGCUCGCCUAUCGCUCUGGAGGGGACACUCCAGGGUCAGCGCUCCUGAUCGCUCUCAUAUCUGCGGUCGCAUACAUAUUCUCCAAAAGACUGGUCGAGUUACAAGGAAAUAAAGAUAAUUUCUUGAUGAAAACUAAGGUUCUCCAGUUCUAUCCACUGAUGUUUACCCUGGUGAUGCAGAUGAUGAGGCCCUCAGGGCCUUUCUUAACCCCCUGGAACAUCAAAAUCACCGAUGAGCUUUCCUUUCGAAUUCGACGGAGGGGUUCAUCCCAAACCCAAGCUCGUUCGGAAAUUCCACCACCCACCGCUACACGUGCUAUACAAUUUCUCCGCAGCUUCUGCGAGCUACACAGUAAUCUUAUGCGGAUAUGUUCUGCCCGGCGACCAAAUCUUGCUCCUCUCUAUUUUGGCGCUAGCAUAACCAACCUCAUGUCUCUCGUUGUUCGUUCCGUUAAGAGUGGCUUACCUUUUAUGGAUAUAAAUGCUGCAGCCUGGUCAGGUUAUGGACAAUCAUUUAUUCAGGGCCCGGGCGAUGAAAAGCCCGCACCGGCAGGGUUCAUAUUACGGUGUGACAUGUGGAGAAUUCUCUACGUUACCCGAGAAUAUUCUAACCCUCCUCUAACGCCGUGGAAACCAUUUGGCGAGGUCGACUUGAAUGAUCGGUAUCUACAUGGUCCGCAGCAGGGUGGUCUCCCCAAUAAUGCCUGCCCGAAUAUGAUACUCGAUGAGCAGGGCGGAGACAGUAGGCAGCACGCGGUUGAUUCCACAACUUUGGUGCAACUGGUGAAGCGACAGCUGGAUGACAAUAUGACCGGAACCGUACUCCAGUGGUCUCUCUUCCGCCUUCAUCUAAAUCACUAUGCCAAUAUCCAAGCGAAUAAUAUCUCUUUUCUUUCGAGCUCGGCUGUGGUUGGGCAAGAAGCGCUUUGUCUCCUCGGGACCGAGUGUAGUGAGAGUGAGCGAAAUUCGUGUGAGUCGGCAGAGUUUGAAGGCCUGGAACACGUUGCACAGUACACUUCUAUACCUGUUCCGAAAGUUCAUCGAACCUAUUGCUACGUUGGAUUGUUCUUCUUAUCCAACACUGAUUUCCAGAUGACAGAGGAAUUGUUAAUCACGCUGUCGUUGAAGCGAAGAAGGAAACUGAUAUUCUGGGCAAAAGUCUUCCUAUUUCCAGCGAGUCGGUGUAUCGCAGUUGGUAGUCAGUUACCUUUUGAAAGUGCCUCGGCUGAGCGUCCAUCCCCGCAUCUUGAAGAGCCCCCUUGCGGUCCAUUUAACAGCUGCGACCGCGUUUAA